AUGGUGGCGGGUGGUGCCGUGCGGCUGUUGCCGCUUCCGCGUCCCCUCCUCGGGCGGGCAGCCGGGGCGAGGGGGACCCUGUCCGGUUGGGCGGCCGCGGGGAGCGGCGGGGGCGGGUUGCGUUCCGGCCGCUGGGUCGCGGUGGCCUUGGCGGUGCCCGCUGGGACCGGUUGGAAGGAGAGGCCGGGACAACGGGGGCCGGUGUGGGUGGGGGAGCGCGGGCCGGAGCGGCCGCCCCGGAGGUUGUUGCGGCGCUUGGGUUUGGUGCUCCGGUUGGGUUUGCGGGCCUGCGGGUUGCUGCUGCGCUUCGGCCCCCUGCUGCUGCUCUACCCGCUGAGCCGCCUGUGGCCCGGCCUGGGCGCCCUGUGGCUGCGGCUGCUGCGGAGGGCGGCCGAGGCCGCCGGCCCCACCUGUGUCAAGCUGGGCCAGUGGGCCAGCACCCGGAGGGACCUCUUCUCCGAGGCCUUCUGCGAUGAGUUUUCCAAGCUGCACGUCGAGGUGAGCCCACACCCGUGGGGCCACACCGAUGACCUCCUGAGGAAGGCCUUUGGUGAGGGCUGGACGGGCAUCCUCAAGUUCCAGAGCCGGGAGCCGGUCGGCUCGGGCUGUGUCGCCCAGGUGUAUAAAGCCUAUGCUGACCUCACGGCUGUCGCCGGCUCCCAGGCCAAGGAGCUAGCGCGACACUCGGAGUUAAGGUCCGCUUUUGAAGCGUGGGAAGUGUCAGGCUUUAGAGGCCUCCUCAGGUGGCUGGGGAGGAGGAGGAGCGAGGAGAUGCAGGAUGAGAGGAGCAGGGAGGAGCUGAGCCCAGCAGACUGCUCCCGGAGGAGUCCUUUGAGUGGGAUGUCCCUUAUGGAGCAGAUGGCCAAACCGCUCCUGAAUGCAAAUCCUUCAUCAGCCAGACAUCUCACGCCUGUAGCCAUUAAAGUCCUGCACCCUGGACUGGUCCACCAAGUCCAGAUGGAUCUCUUUCUCAUGAAGAUGGGUAGCUACAUCAUUGGACUUCUCCCUGGAUUCAAGUGGCUCAGUUUGACAGAGAUCGUGGAGGAGUUUGAGAAGCUUAUGGUCCAACAGAUUGACUUACGCUACGAAGCCAGAAAUCUGGAGCGCUUCCGACAAAAUUUCCUAGAUGUUGAUUUUGUGAAGUUUCCAACUCCCCUUUGGCCUUUGGUAACGACAGAUGUUCUAGUGGAAACAUUUGAGGAGAGUGAGCCUAUUUCGCACUACCUGCAUGCGGAGAUUGCCACAGAGCUGAGGCAGAGACUUGCAAAGAUGGGCAUGGACAUGCUCCUAAAGAUGGUCUUUGUUGACAACUUUGUCCAUGCUGACCUGCACCCUGGGAACAUCCUGGUUCAAGGCCUGGCCCAUGUCGGGACCAGCUGCAAGGAGCAGACAGCCAUCGUGGACCUGUGUGACACACUCGUGGUGGAAGUGCAGCCGCCUCUCAGGCAGCUCUGCCUGGUGCUGCUGGACGCGGGGAUCGUGGCAGAGCUGCAAAGCACUGACAUGCAGAACUUCCGGGCGGUUUUCACGGCUGUGGUCCAGGGCCAGGGGGAGAGAGUGGCAGAACUGAUCCUUCAUCAUGCCCGUGCUAACCAGUGCCAGGAUAUUGAGAGAUUCAAAGCUGAGAUGGCAGAACUAGUGACCAAGGUCCGGAGGAACACCAUUGCCCUAGGAAAGCUUCAGGUGGCCAAUCUCCUCUCGAAUGUCUUUAAACUAUUGAUGACCCAUAAGGUGAAGCUCGAGAGCAAUUUUGCUUCCAUCAUCUUUGCCAUCAUGGUUCUAGAAGGUCUUGGUCGUUCACUGGACCCUGAACUGGACAUCCUAGAGGCAGCUAAACCACUGCUCAUCAAAACUGCAGCUUCUGUCCUUGAAUAG